GUUAUUUCUGAUCACUUUAUUUCUUUUAAAGCAAUUCCUUCACCGUAAAAUGGUGACUCCUGCGUUUGACAGCAAUAUGGGUUUCGAUGCUAUGCUACAGCAGGCAAUGCUUUUGAGAGGACGCUCCCCACCACCUGGCAUGAUGACAUAUGCUCCGCCUCCGGUGCCCUUUGCUGGCCCACAUUCAAUGUUCAGAGGACGACCUAUGUCAGAUUAUGACUCAUUUGAUUCUGGCUCGGACUCUGAAAUGCAAGACCGCCUUGGACGCCGACAAAGACGUAAUAGCAGAAGAUUCAGAAGGUCUCGAUCCCGGUCCAGAUCACCUUCUCGCAAAAAUGAAGCUAUAUGCAUGUAUUACAUGCAAGGCAGUUGUCAGAGAGGAAAGGGUUGUCCAUAUUCACAUGACAUACAACCUCAACGAAAGAUGGAACUCUGCAAAUUUUAUAUGAUGGAUUGUUGUGCAAAAAAGGAUAAAUGUCUGUACAUGCACAAAGACUUUCCGUGUAAACAUUACCAUACGGGUGUCAGGUGCAAAUCUGCUGAGAAGUGCAAGUUCAGCCAUGAUCAUCUCUCUGAAGCAGCUCGCAAUGUUCUCCUCAAGCACAUAGAGUUGGCUCCAAAAGACAUCCUAGGUGACUUUCCUCGCCUGACUAAAGAAGCGGCUCAACUUGUAGUAUCGAUUACCGAGGCACAUCGCAGAGGCUCUCCGAUGGAUGUUGAAAAUAUACCUGGUGUUAUGGAAAUAAAGGGCAGAGGUUUUAAGUAUGUCGACAAAGCAAUAAAGGCUGUGGCCAAAAAGCAAGAAGCACGGAUGAAAAGUAUACAUAAAGAUCAACUCCUUGAGCCAUCAGGAUUAGAGUGUGUGUCAAGCCCUGAGCACCAUCAGAUAAACAAGCCAAGCCAUCAGCAUCAUCAUCAAGAAGACAGUAGAGUCAAGUCUCCUGGCAAUCAGAUACGGACCCCACCACGACGAUGGUACAACCAGGGUAGUGGCCCACAGGAAAUGAAUGCAUAUCAACAGUGCAGCAAAGAAUGGGUUGAUGAUUACCAUUACAUGCAAAAAGGUGAAGAUAUGGUCAAUGGUGAAGUGUUUCAGUCGGAAGGAAACAGCACCAUGAGAAACAUGAGUCCAAAUAAUAAGAGUAAUGUCAGCCCUAACACAAUCAGUUCUUGUCAAGCUGGGGCAAGUGCUAAUAGGAAGAUGGGAAGUUUUAUGACAGCACGAAUGCCUCAGAAACAGCGUGAGCUAUUCCAGCGGAUUGAGCAACAGCACUCAGUUCACCAUGACCAAGAAGACCCACUGGCUGAUGGGGGCAUGGAAGAAGUAUCACCUUGUACCAGCAAUGUUAACUGGUACUCCAGUGAUGAGGAGGCUGAUAAUGCUUCAUUUACCAAGACACAAGGGCAGGGUUCUCAUGCAGUAAGCAACUUGUCUCCAAGUAGGACACCCCCAUUACCUCCACAAGCAUGGACCACACCUGCAUCUGGUAGCAGUUUCACAUCUUCAAGUAGACAAGGGAACAGUCCUCCAGGCACACCUUCCACCACACCACCACACAAGCCUGUCUUCCCUACCAUCAAUUUGGACAGCAUCAACAUAUCUUCAGACCUGGCAAGUGUUUUGUCAGCUCUAAAGAAUCAGAAUGCAGCUAGUACUAAUAGAAACAACACCGAAAAGCCCGGCCGAGAUCCAAGAAUGCAAUCUCCUCCUCAAGGAAAAGGUCCCAGAGAGAUGUCUAGAGAGACAUCUCGAGACAUGUUGCGGGACCCAAGAGAUCAUGGAGACAUAGCAGUGGAUCAGCGGGAUCUAUCAGAAGAUAUACAUAGAAAUCCUCGAGACAUGUUCCGAGAUCCUCGGGACAUGAUAGAGAGCCCUAGAUCAAGUGGAGAGUAUAACCCUAAUUCUUGGGCAAGGGAUCAGUUACCUGUGUCGAAUAUGCGAGAUUCCUGGGAGCAUCAGAGUGAAAUGGAUUCAUCUAAGGAUUCUAAAGAUACACGAAAUAGUUUCUUAGGUUCAAGAGAGGGCUUAGAUGUGGAUCGUGAUCAGCGACACAGAACCGGGGAUGUAGAUUUGCGAGUAUUACCAGGGGUUGAAAACAGUCCAACUGAAGGGUCAAAUGUUAAAGGUUUGCGGUAUGACACAGACAUGAGGAUCUCAAGUGAGCCUUCAAUAUAUGAUGUAGAUUUAAGGCAACUGAAUUUAGCAAAUAAUUAUCAGAGCAAUGAAGAGGAAACAAAUUCAUUGCCAUUUAAAGUACCAGUGCAUACUCCAGCCAAAGAGAUUGUAGCUUCAAUAUCAUCGCAUUCACCCAUGUAUUAUCAACUCCUAAAAGUCACUAUUCCCAAACCAAAUUUUUGCCACCUCAAAAUUAAUAAGGAUGACCCAAGGAUUAUGGAUGACCCUAGACUUAGAAAAAUGCUCAGAAGAAAUUCAACAGAGGAAGUCGCUAAUCGCAGUCCACGAGCACCUUCUAGAUAUGACAUAGAUAGUCCCAUGAGUCCUCCAGGAUUUUCAGUUUCCAAGGGAGACUCAAGAAUUUCUGACUCUGAGUCUAGAGACUCCAGAGACCCAAGAAUGUCAUCUUCAAGGGACCCUAGAAGUGAAAUUCGGACAGAUCCUCGGGCUGAAAAUCGUGUUGAACCUAGAGGAGAUCCUAGGAUGAAUACCAGAGUUGAUCCUCGCGUUGGAAACAGAGGUGAUCCAAGAACUGAAUCGCGUGAUCCACGAACAGAACCUUUAAGUGAUAUAAGAAAUCAGGACCCAAGAAUGAGUGGAGCAUUUGGAACUGGAAAUAGUGGAGGUAUGAUGGAAGGAGGAAUGCAGUUUAUGAACAUGGGACCUGGACCUGGACCCGGACCCGGACCCGGACCUGGACCUGGACCUGGACCUGGACCUGGACCUAUGGGUCCUGUGAUUCCUCGUGUGGACCCCAGGGGUAGACCAGGGUUGCUUGGACCUGCACCAAUGCCAUUUAACUCGGGAGGUCCACGUCCUAUGGGGCCAAGGAUGUCUCCCUUUAUGAUGGGUCAGAUGGGUCCAAAUGGUGGAUUUUUUCCUGAAGACAAUGGGGAAAUGAUGGGUGGUAAUGGCAGUUUUCCCCAGGGAGGUCCAGGAUGGCGAGGGCGUAUGCCAUCAAACGACCCUAGACUGCAGAGAGACAUGGGGGAUGCAAACAGAUCAUACACUCCGCCUCCAGUGUCCUAGUGACUCCUAGGCACUUUUUAAUACAGUUACCUCGAUAACUGUGAGUUUGGCCAAUAUGGGGUAUUAUCAAGUCAAGCUGUAUGAUGCCACUGUAUGUGAAAUACUUUGAAUUUGCCUAAUAAUUAGGCUUUAUUAUAACUAUACUGUACAUACAAACAUGUUGUAUUUACAAUACAUACAUACUGUAUAUACAAUACAUACAUACUGUAUAUAUAAUACAUUAUAUACACUUCAUACAUACUAUACAUAAAUACAUCUUUUGUCCUGUUGUUGAAUGUAAAUAUUGUUGUAAUGAAUACUGUACUGUAUUGCAUAUGUAUUCAGUUACAUACGUAACCCUUCUCAACCUGUAUUUCUGAUAUUAUAUGAGAUCAAAAUAAUUUAAGUCA